AUGCCUUGGAACGCCAACACCGGCGCCUACAACGCAAGCGCAACCGAAUAUGUCGUCAAUACUCGGAUCCUCGUACCCGGACACAACUACUACACACCGUUGAAAAGCAAAUUGGUAUGCUUCAACGUGAAAUUGCUACGAACCUACGAUUGCGGGCAGGCGAUUACUAGCCUCCUCCAUCCAGUUAGUAACACAUUAUGUACUGAUCCUCUUUCGAUGCAGACAGCUGCUUCUAGUUUCUAUGGCACGUUGUAUUCCAGUGAUCCGGUCGAUAUCGCGAGCAUCGAGUCCCUGUGCAACACGAUCCCUGACUCUGACACCAUCCCGGAUGAUGCUCAUACUAUUCUUCAGCAACCUUUCACCUAUGCCGACUUAUUGACUGGUACUCAUCGUACCAAGUUCCAAUCCAGUCCUGGCAUCGACGGUUUACCUUAUCCCAUUCUCAACGUGAUUUUCAACCACCCGAAGGCUGCCAAACUCUCUGUUCAGGUAUUUAAUGAUGCUCUCAACUUGGGUAUCUUUCCCUCCAGCUGGUUGCAAACCUGCAUCUGUUUACUACCCAAAUCCGGCGACCUAUCCAACCUCAAGAAUUGGCGACCUCUAUCAUUGAUAUGUUGCGAUGCCAAGAUAUUUACCCGACUUCUCAACCAACGUCUUAUGCCUUUUAUGAACAAAAUCAUAUGUCCUCAACAAUCAGGAUUCAUGCCUGGUCGCUUCAUCGGUGACAAUGGUAUGAUCCUCCACAACACUCGCCUCAUUGCCGCUGAAACAUCCUCUGACAGUAUUGCACUUCUCUUGGAUCAAGAGAAGGCUUACGAUCGCAUUCAUCCUGAUUAUCUUCGUGCUGUGAUGCAACGUUUUAACAUGCCUACUAAUAUUAUUCAUUCCUUACUAACUCUCUUUUUUUCGACACAAAUUCACAUCAACAUCAAUGGACAUAUCUCGACUGAUUAUAUCACCCAACAACGUGGUAUUCGACAAGGAGAUCCCAUCUCGCCACUACUGUUUAAUAUCGCAUUUGAUCCAUUCCUUCGAUCAAUUCACCAAGACCCUCAAUACAAGGGUUUCAACCUACACACUGAAGCUCCUCCCCCUUCUAAUGAUACCCAAUCUGAUGUUAUUUCAGAUUCUAUGCAACAACUGUUUUCUGAUGCUGCUGACCCGCCCAUUGUUCCCGAUGGUUCAACUUCUUCAGCUUCUUCUACAACUGCGCCUCUGGCGGUCAAAAUCCUUGCCUAUGCGGAUGAUACUUUGGUGUAUCUUCGCGACACGCACGAUUUCCAUCGUUUGCAGGCUGCCAUCACUACUUACAUGAAAGCUUCUAACGCAUUAUUGAAUUAUCACAAAACAGUAGCUACAUCUCUUUCAGGUAAACCAUCAACAACUUGGCAAGCCCUGCUCUCAUCUUAUGGCAUCACCGCUUGGCAUGAUCGCACAUCCACCACUCCACUCAUUUAUCUCGGUUAUCCAAUUUGUUCCAGCAUUACUCAACGCAAUGUUGCCUUUCAAAAACUGUAUGACUCCAUCCGUAACGCUAUUGCUAUCCACUCCCAACGCAAUAUCUCUAUCCGUGGCCGGGUCACCAUUCUCAAUUCACUCAUUUAUUCCAAAUUAUGGCAUGUUUUACGACUCACAACAUUUACCAAGGCCCAGUUGCUCUCUUUACGAAGCCUGGGUACCGCCUUCAUUAAUUUUCGUAUAUUCCCUAGACUCUCUUUUGCUACUCUCUCUUUACCUCGCUCUGCCGGUGGUUUGGGGCUCCUAGAUCCUCUCUCUCAACAACAAGCUCUGCAACGGUACUGGGUGUGCCCUCUAUUGCUUCAAUAUCUUGACUCUCCGGCCUUCUCCAAGUACAACACUCCUUCGCUUCCUGUCUUAACUUAUACUCUUUCUUGGUGCUACUCCUCCACCGUCUUCUCUCAUUUCUUUUACUACCUCUUGUUUCGGCAUGCUCGCCAUCGGUUGUGGUUUCCUCAAAGUCCAUCCCGUCGCAAUACUUAUCUCAAUCCAAUCACUAAUCUUCAGUCCUGCUUGUCCAUCUUUCAGAUGUCAGAACGUCGUAACUUAUAUGUUGAUGCUAUUACUUGCUACUCACUCCCUCUUUAUGAAAUACUUUUACAUUCUCCUCCUACUAUUAACAAUUUAUAUUCUUCUAGCUUUAUACCACCGAAUCUUCUUUUAGAUGGCUCUGACGUUGCCAGAAAGCUUCUUGUAAGCGAGGUUUUCCAGUUAGAUAUUGAUCAUCAGGUGCUUCGUGUUCGUCCUUCCUUCCAAUUCGCUCGCCAUCCUAUUGUAUCCCAACGUGUUGCUGAUUUCAUUCAGUCGCGUCAACUACUAUUCCAACCUUUCUUUGCACAACAGUGCUUCAUUGCUCCUCGUCCAACCCUCAACCCACAUCAACCUCCCUCCCUUCGAGCGUUCUGCCGUAGCAUUAUCGUUCCUCCUUCUUCCUUGCCUUCACGAGGCCGGUUGCCGCUCAACAGCAUCCGUUACUUCAAAAAACUACGUCAAACCCUCUCCUCUACCUCCUCCUCACUCUCUCCUCUCCGGCCGGCUCAAUGGCUCUCCUUCUGGAGAAUCUCAAUCCCCCUGGCUGCUCGCACGGUCUGGUACCGAGCUAUUUACGAAAAAAUCCCUUCAAGAGCUCUGCUACAUUUACGCAUCCCCGAAAAACACCCUUCUCCCCUAUGUACCAUCUGCUCUGCCUCUACCACGGAGGAUAUCACCCAUACUCUGUUCUCCUGCCCUCCCAAGUUAUUGGUCUGGCGACACAUGUACCACACCUAUCUCUCUGCUUCUUCCUCAAUCUCUGAUGUUGAUCUGAUUCAUUUCUUCCAACAAAUAUUACUCUGUUCCUCUCCCUAUCUUGAUCGUGAUCUCUCUCUCUCGUUCAAUGAUCUCUCUAUUCCUCAACUUUUCGCAACUACUCUGCUGACAAUAUGGCAAGCGCACUGGCGCUGGAUCUUCGACCGAACCCCGUUCAUCGCUGACACUGUUCAACAUCGUCUUGCUCGCUCUCUUGCUCGCUUGGAUGCCGAGUUAAAGCUAGAUUCGUAA